UCCUUUUGUCAGAGAGCCUCUUUUUGUUGUUCUGUCAGAAGACUCCAAUUUUCAGUUAUUUCACACUAGAUUCUCCAGCCUUGAGGAAAAGAAGUUGACUACCAAGAUGACAGCCAUUAUGGACUAUGUUUACUUUUCUUUUGAGGCUGUGAUUGCAGUACUUGCUAUCCUGGGUAAUGCCCUGGUCAUCUGGGUGAUAAAGCUGAACCCAGCCUUUCAGAAGACUGUCUUCUACUUCAUUAUCUCACUGGCACUAGCUGACAUUUGUGUUGGGCUUGUCAUGCCUGUGGCCAUUGUGUUGACUUUAGACAUCCAGAUGCAACACAUUUUCUGUGUCUUCAUGUGCUGCCUGCCAGUGGCAUUUACACAAGCCUCUAUCAUGUCUCUGCUGGCCAUAGCCAUUGACAGAUAUCUGAGAUUGAGGCUGCUGACCCGGUACAAGAUGAUAACCAGUCGGAAAAGAAUCUGCAUGGCUCUAGGAAUAGUCUGGCUCCUGGCUCUUGUGAUGGGAUUUCUUCCCAUGUUUGGAUGGGCAACAGGAAAAGAAGAAAAUUCAACCAGUGUGACAUGCAAUUUCACUGCUGUGAUGGAUAUGGAGUACAUGGUAUAUUUUAGCUUUUUCUUCGGCACUCUCGUCCCACUGAUCCUCAUGAUAAUCCUCUAUGCAAAGAUCUUUUGCAUCAUCCAAACAAAACUGAAGCAAUGUUCUCUGGGCAUCAGAGGAACAGGAAUAUUUUAUAGGCAGGAGUAUAAAACAGCCAAGUCUUUGGCCUUAGUACUUUUCUUAUUUGCUGUGUGCUGGCUGCCUAUGUGUAUUCUGAACACUAUCACCCAUUUCAACAAAACUCACGAGAUCCCCAGAUAUGUCGUACAGAUUGGCAUCCUCCUCACCCACUCCAAUUCAGUCAUGAACCCCAUCAUCUAUGCUUUCAGGAUAAAGAAGUUCAGGGAAACUUGCAUUCAGAUUUUUAGAACCUACGACCUGUGUAAAGACCCAGAACGUGAUGUACCUCAUGUUACCACUGCAUCUGAACACAUAUAGCCAUCUUCAUGGAAUCAGAUCAUCCAUCCCACUAGUCCUAGAAUUUUCUGCUCUGACUGCGGUUUUCCAAGACUUUGGGGCAGAGGACUUUUGCA